UAUACAAGCGCUUUUGCUGGCCGCAAGUGUAUUAUAAAGGAAAUCCAAAAACCAGAUGUUGGUGACGGGUCUCUUCUUUUUGUACUUCUGUGCUAAUUUGAGUGGGGCGGCAGUGUAUGACAUCUUCACUGGAGAAACCCUCUCGGAUGAACAGCUUUCCACUUAUCAAGAUGCUAAUCUUACGGAAAUAUGCACAGUCAAUAUUACAUCUUGCGAUACAGAAGAGUUAAGGCGAGUCGAUGGCUCGUGCAAUAAUAUUAAUAGACCAGCGAAAGGAAUUUCUUUGGCGCCACCCAUAAGGAUUGUGCUUCCAGUCUUCGAUAAUGGCUACAAACCAAGAAGAGCAGUAUCAGGCAAUAGUUUGCCAGUAUCGAGGGAUAUUGGACAAAUCAUAUUGUCUGGAUACAAACGCAAUGACUGCAAUUUCACUCAACUCAUGACAAGUUUCGGAAUGUUCAUGUUUUGGGAUGUCGGAGCUUUGAAUAAUUCACGUGAGUUCUAG